AUGCUCUUUGUUAAGUCUGAAAGUCAUUCGGUCAUCUUUAUCUCCCAUAAGGUUGACACUUUGAUAUGCCCCGCUUGCAGCAAACCCAAGACCAACCUGGAAACCCUCUGGCUUUGUUACGCCACCCGUUCACUUCGAAAGCCCACUAUCAGCAACAACAGCACCAUCAUGAGUGACACAGAGAAAGAAACAUCCAGUACCACUGGCAGCGUCCCUCCUCUUCUUUUGGACGACGAGAACAAUGAUUCCGGCAAUACCCUGUACAAGUACCGUGACUUCAGUACCAUGCCCGAAGAACCCGAUAACGAAGACGAAAGCAACAACAACCAAAGAGGCAGUCUAGAGAGCUCCAUCAGGGUGCAGAAAUUCCCUGUUAAGCUCUAUGCAAUCCUGGCUCAGAAGGAGUUCCACGACAUCAUCACUUGGAUGCCUCACGGUCGUUCGUGGAAGGUCCUCAAGCCAAACCUCUUCGAGAGCAUGGUUAUGCCUCUCUUUUUCGAAUACAGCAACUACCACUCCUUCAAUCGUUUGGUUAAUGCUUGGAGCUUCCGCCGAAUUAGCUCUGGACCCGACCGCGGCUCUUAUUACCAUGAAUUGUUCCUCCGCGGCAAGCCCCACCUCCAAAAAUACAUGCGUCGUCUUCCCAAGACACACAAGAAGCUUCCAAUGAAGAAGGAAGACGAACCCGACUUUUACAAAAUGGACAAAGAAAACUCCUUGCCUCCUCUCGAAGAGAUUCAACUCUCUGCUCCCAAGAUGCGCGGUGGCAUGGCAGGCAUGGGAGCCCAACAGCCUUUGGCAUUCACUCCAGUCGCACACAAGGCCUCCAACGUCCCAAUGGCAUGUCUCGCAUGUUCCCAGAAGGCGUCGCCUCUCAGGAUAAUUUCGAUGCCCAGGAUGGUGGCUUCCUUGGCGGAAGAAGCCAAAGUCGAAGCCCUGUUGGACACGGCAUGA